AUGACAACUACCCAUCCUUUGCUCCCGACUCACAGUGAAAACGGUAUCACCAACUCGUCAACAACAAGGAGCACACAGAAGAGUGGAAACGAAAAUGUGCAGUCCAAACAAUCGAUUCAGACAACAUCAGAUCGAUCACAACGAGAUAUCGGUGACCAAGCAGGUACAGGAGGUUCACAGGAACGGAGAAUACAACUGAACGGUAAACAUCGUGUUGGUUCCUCGGAUGAGACUCAUGAUGGUGCUUGUUCUCAACCAAAGAAUAAACUACCCGAGUUAGCAAAUUGUUUUGAGGUAUGCGGGACGGAAGAAGUACAAUCGCAGCAAAAGCAACAAACAAGUCACAGAUCAAGUAUCAAUGAAGCCAACCUGGCAGAUAAGAGCAUAGUAUCCGGCAGCUACUUAGACGCAUUUCUUGACUCUAAUAAAGCAUCGCGGCGGCCCGCUACGAGGAAUAGAGCUUCCACUCGACCUGACACACAAUCAACGACCAGAAAUCCCCCAUUAACAGGCAGUGCCUUUGAUGAAACACUUGGUUCUGAUGACGCAUUGGGGAAUUUGGCUAUUGCUCAGUCCGUCCCUCCUUCGACAACCCCGCAACUUCAAACCACAACCACAACCACAACCAAUACCAAUACCAAUACCAAUACCAAUACCAAAAGACGUCGCUUGUCAAAAACAGAAUUGAAAGAAAUGGAACUUACGGAGAAUAAGAAGCGUAAAAGGAAGAUGCGUUUACGACCUGAGAAAGAAAAGGAAGUGCAGCACAGUGAACACAAGAGAUUAAAGAAUAGGCAAAUCGAACCCAACAAGAGAGCUCAAACACAAGCAAGACUCGAAGCCAAGCGACAAGAAAAGCUACAGGAAGAGUUGGAAGAUAAAUUGAAGAAGCGGAUAGUGAAACUUGAGAGGUAUUUAGAAAAUGGUCGGCUUUUAAAUCGACUUGAUCGUGAUGCUGUUAAUAAGGAGUUGGCGGACUGGAAGUCAGAAUUAAACAAGUUACCACAAGAACGCAUCUCUUUAGAAAAGUUUAAAGAAAGACUGCGAAGAAAGCUCAGGUGUAACAGCAAGGAUGAACCAAAUUCUGAACACCAAUCGGCAACCGGCGAAAUGGUGGUCUUAGAAGAAGACGAUGACAAUGGUGCGCAACUGCAGAACAUUUUAAUGCGGGAAAAGAAACAUAAAAGGGUAGCUGAACGGGAAGAGCAACGUCAACUCAAAAUGGCCAGGAAGGAAGCGAAGUUUGUUGAAAAGGUUCAAAAGAGGCUCAGCAAAAAUUACGCAAAAGAGGUUACAGACCGACAGAGAAGGAUUGCAGUGCUUGAAAGAGUAUUUUCAAAUUCGAGAACCAAAUACCGACUGGACAUGCCUCAACUAUGGGAAGAAUUAUACACUUUGAAGCAAGAGGAGCAAGAAAGACUCAUUGAGGAAUACGAAAGCGGGGGACUUGGGGAUGCCACGCAACUACUGCUUUUGCCAGUAUUUAGCCCAGUGCAUCAAGAAAUUGUCAAUAGAGACAUUAAAGUUAUGAAAAGGGAGAUUCAGAGCAUUGAACCUAAGGUGCGCAAUCCAAGAGGUUGCCAUGAUUUAACUGCUUUGAACGAAAGACUCGGCAAAUUAAAGGCAGAGUGUGAGAAACUCUUGGGAACCAAUUAUGGUUGUUGGUUUGAAAAUGUUGGGGAAACUAGUGGAAUCGAUUCCAAAGAUAACACAGUGUGUGAAGACCACCUAGUGCUAACAAAGGAUCAACCAUUCCGACUUCCAAAUGAAAACUACAUCAAAUUUUAUAAUCGAGUUGUUGGUGAAACCUUGGACCCAACGAAGUCCAUACCAGAAUUACCAUUAUCGGCACUGAAAGUCUCUUACGACGGAACAUACCCUAAUGAUGCUAAGUACCCUGGUCAGUUUUGGACGGGAGAGCAGAAGGAAUUGUUCUUCACUUUACUUGCGAGGUACUCGAUACAUCAAUUGGAUAUGAUCAGCCUACACAUGGGCAAGUCUGAGUUGGAAAUUAUGACCUAUUACAAUUUGUUGAAACGGGAGUUGAGCAAGUUAAAAAACGGAGCUCGUCGUAGCGGUAAGCCUGGUUUGAAGAAGUGGGAUUACCGGCUAGUGCAGUAUGAAGAGAUCCCUGCUGCCUAUGAGAUGCUGAAGUAUUUCACCAAACUUGAAGACGAACAAAGCUUGUUGAUUGAUGCUGAUGAAAAGGUUCAGCUAGGCUCAGCUCAUGUCGACACGGAUGCUUGUCGGUUACUUAAUAGAAAUCACAUGCGGACAAUGUUUGGCAGGACGUGCGCUGAUGAUACUUGCCAUAUUAUGGAAGAUCUAGUGAAACAAGUGACAACUAAUAUAUUGGUAAACAUAAUCAACGCGAAGACAACAAAGAGUAACAACAAUGACUUGGAGGAUGAAUCUAAGAGGUGUUGCAUUACGAUCCUUCCUAAAAAUGUCAAGUCGGCCUUAACUCGCUUGGGGUACCCAAAUUUAAACGCAAUAUUCAACUGCAACAACCCAUAUGUGAAGAAAGUUUACACAGAGAAGUACGGACAGCACCGUUGGUUCAAUAACCUCAGAGACAUUGUUUCUGUUCCAGCGUUUGCCAAUUUGGUUCCUGCGCCUCAAAAGCCCACAAUUCGUACGAUCCAUAACUUGAACCAGUAUGAUCGUGACCUAACGACUGAUGAGGACACAAUAGAUGAAGAAUUUGAGUCCAAUUUGUUUGAGUUGGAAACCAAGACCAUUGAUGAGCAUGAUUUAUUGGAACUGAGAAUGUAUGAGCAUGCAUUGUUGAUGAUGUUACUUGAUCACGAGACUGAUGUUUCAGCUGGUGACCUCAAAAGGUUGAAGCGAUGGGAAAGGGAAUGUAGCCAAGAGGAGAAAGAAAUGGCUGGAGGAGUCAUGGGCAGUGUUGUCGAUGUGGAUGCCAGUGACGAGAGAAGUGAUGACCAAAUUGGCGAUCAUGCUGAUCUGGCCGAUGCGUUGAAGAUGUACUCACGGGACUUUGCUCGGUAUAAGGGUGUAGAAGAGGAGACAAGAGCAGCGAGAACCGCUAACGAGACCGAUUUUGAGAAGGAGCAACUGCCGGUACUAAGUGAUGGUACAUUGGAAAAUUUCGACGAUGAUAAGGCUAGUAUAGAGGGAGUCUUUGAUGGGUUUUUCGUGAGGCAUUUCUCGUAG